AAUAUUCUCCCCCAUUUUCCAAUUCUAACCCUUUCUAUCCUUAUGAGCAAAAUGGACUAGUUUAAAUCCACUCCUUUCGUCUUCUUCUUCUUCAUCUUUACUUCAGCAGGGAACGUCUGUUAACUGAUCAACCACAGCCAGAUCUUCUGAUUUAUAACUUCACAAAUCGCUAUUUUAACACACUAUAUCUUCCCUCAGAAGCUGCUUCAAGAUUUUACUAUUCGCGCUGCUUCCGAUCGGCUUUGUUCAGUUAUGGCUGGUGAGAACACCAUAUCUAAUGGCAAACUCAAUGCAAAUGUUGAGCCAAGAAGACCUUAUCAAGUGGUAGUAGCUGCAACAAAGGAUUUAGGUAUUGGUAAAGAUGGGAAGUUACCCUGGGAUUUACCAUCUGACCUAAAGUUUUUCAGGAAAGUUACAUAUGCUACAUCAGAUCCUACUAAAAAGAAUGCUGUCAUAAUGGGUAGAAAAACUUGGGAAAGUAUUCCAUUGGCUCACAGGCCUCUUCCUGGCCGCCUAAAUGUUAUUCUGACCCGUUCUGGUAGCUUUGAUAUUGCUACUGCUGAGAAUGUUGUGAUGUGUUCGAGCAUGGUGUCUGCUUUGGACUUACUAGCAUCACCGCCUUAUUCUGUAUCCAUAGAUAAAGUUUUUGUUAUCGGAGGUGGAGAGAUUUUAAGGGAAGCGCUUAACGCUCCUGGAUGUGAAGCUAUCCACAUUACAGAAAUUGAGACAGACAUAGAAUGCGACAUAUUCAUUCCUCCUAUAGACUUUUCGAUCUUUCAUCCUUGGUACUCGUCAUUUCCAUUGAUUGAAAACAAUAUACGCUACUCUUUUAAUACCUAUGUUAGGGUGAGAAAUUCAGUUGUUUCAGAUGCCUCUAAGUUUGAGGUAACAAAGUUCACUUUUCUUCCCAAGAUGGUUUUUGAGAAACAUGAGGAGUAUAUGUAUUUAAAACUGGUUGAAGAUAUAAUUGAAAACGGAAAUACAAAGGAUGAUAGGACAGGGACAGGUACUUUGUCCAAAUUCGGAUGCCAGAUGCGAUUCAAUCUGCGCAAGAAUUUCCCUCUUCUUACAACAAAGAAAGUAUUUUGGCGUGGCGUUGUGGAAGAACUUCUAUGGUUCAUUAGUGGAUCGACAAAUGCUAAGGUGCUGCAAGAAAAGGGCAUCCGUAUAUGGGAUGGAAAUGCAUCUAGAGACUAUCUUGAUAGCAUUGGUUUGAAAGAAAGGGAAGAAGGGGACCUUGGACCUGUUUAUGGGUUUCAAUGGAGACACUUUGGUGCUAGAUACACUGACAUGCAUGCGGACUACACUGGCCAAGGAUUUGACCAACUCUUAGAUGUUAUUGACAAGAUCAAAAGAAACCCAGAUGAUCGUCGGAUCAUUCUUUCAGCUUGGAAUCCCUCUGAUAUCAAUAUCAUGGCUCUUCCACCUUGCCACAUGUUUGCUCAGUUCUAUGUAGCCAAUGGGGAGUUAUCAUGUCAAAUGUAUCAGCGGUCUGCUGACAUGGGUCUUGGUGUGCCUUUUAAUAUCGCCUCUUAUUCCCUCCUGACUUGCAUGAUUGCUCAUGUUUGUGAUCUUGUCCCAGGCGAUUUUGUUCAUGUUAUCGGGGAUGCUCAUGUUUAUCGUACUCACAUUAGACCUUUGCAAGAGCAACUUCAGAAACUACCUAAAGCUUUUCCAAUUCUGGAGAUUAACCGCAAAAAGAAGGGCAUAGAUUCCUUUGUGGCUGAGGAUUUCAAACUCAUAGGAUAUGAGCCUCACCAGAAAAUAGAAAUGAAAAUGGCAGUGUAGAUCAUGUGGGUUUCUUCUUUAGCAGUAUGUUGUUUAAUUUCUUUUAAACUAAAUAGGAAAUGAGAAUCCUUUAGUUCCGGCAGGGGGAAUGUUUAAUGGAUCUAAGGUGAUUUAAGUUUUGAGGUUUUUUGAAACUGUCUUAAUGUACUGUGUUAUGUGUUGUUUGAGUUGCUUAUAUAUACAUCUCUCAUUAGUGUU